CCGCCUUACCAUCUCUAUCCUAAGCGCACGUGGAAUAUUGCGCUCACGUUUUUAGUUGUUUAAUUUUAAAUUUUUGACAUUUAAUUUAAUAUAAAAUGGGCCGAAAAGCUGAAUAUAGUGAGAAGGAAAAGAAGGGACCUGGACGCAAAGCCCGUAAGCAAGGUCCACCAACUUUUCGCAAGCCGACUUUUGCUCCACAGGAGGAGGAGGAUAAAAAGUUGACGCAUCGUCAGAAGCAACGUUUUGUGAAGCGUGAGCAAAAGAAAGUAGUGCAAAAGGCCAGGCUGCAAGAGAAGAGGGCAAAAGGACAACAGCCACAGUCUCGCGGGCAAAAGAAAUACAAUAGUGACAGUGAACCAGAAGAUGAGGAAAUCGAGGAGCAGGUGGCUUCCUCAGAUGAGGAAGUGCCACAGUUGGUACCGGCUACAGGUUAUACGGAUGACAAUGAUGAUUGGCUGAAACCCAAAAAGAAGCAACAAAAAAAGGCAGCAGAACCGGAAUCUGAAGAGGAGUCCGACGAAGAAGAAGAUGAGAAGGAGUCCGGAGAAGAGGAGGGGUCUGAGGAGGAAGCUGUAGAGGGAUCCGAGCAAGAAGAAUCCGAAGAUGAGUCUGAUGAUGCCCAAGUCGGUAAUCUUGAUGAUCUCGAUGACGAUGAAGAUGAUGAUGCAAACUCCGAUGAUGAUUUUGAUGUGUCAGGAGAUGAAGAAGCUGACAGCAAUGACGAUGAUGAUGAAGAGGAUGAGGAUGACGAUAAACUGCCCAUAGAGCGAGCAAACAAAAAGCUAAAGAAACGCCAAGCUGAAGAGGAUAAACUGGCUGACGAUGAGUUCCAAAUGACAGUUGAUCAACAGGAGAUCUUUCAGUUACCCUCGCCAGAAGACGACGAGGAGAAGGAUCUUACUAUCCAGGAAGUCAUGCAGCGAAUUAAAGAUGUCACUUUGGUUUUAUCAGAUUUUAAAAAAUAUCGUCAAGCCGAUCGCGCGAGAAGUGAAUAUAUUGAUCUCCUACGACACGAUCUUUGCCUCUACUAUAGCUACAAUGAAUUCCUAAUGGAGAAGCUAAUGGAUAUGUUCCCAUUAAACGAACUAAUGGAAUAUUUAGAAGCAUCCGAAGUGGCUCGUCCUUUGACCAUACGCACGAAUUCUUUGAAGACGCGUCGUCGUGAUCUGGCUGGAGCUUUGAUCAAUCGGGGCGUGAAUCUAGAUCCCUUGGGCAAAUGGACUAAAGUCGGUCUGGUGGUGUUCAAUUCUCAAGUGCCUCUGGGCGCUACUCCUGAGUAUUUGGCUGGUCAUUAUAUGAUUCAAGGAGCAUCUUCCAUGUUGCCCGUAAUGGCCUUGGCUCCCCAGGAAAAUGAACGUAUAUUGGAUAUGUGUUCGGCUCCAGGAGGCAAGGGAUCACAUAUUGCAGCCAUUAUGAAGAAUACUGGAGUUCUGUUUGCCAACGAUUCGAAUCGCGACCGUAUUAAGGCCAUUGUGGCCAAUUUCCAUCGUUUGGGCAUUGUCAAUGCGGUUGUCAGCUGUGAGGAUGGUACUAAAUUCCGUAAUAUAAUGACCGGAUUCGAUCGAGUCCUGCUGGACGCGCCGUGCACAGGAACCGGUGUGGUAUCCAAAGAUCCCAGUGUCAAGACUACCAAAUCGGAUGUCGAUGUUCAGCGUUGUUACAAUCUCCAGAGGAAGCUAUUGCUCACUGCCAUCGAUUGCGUCGAUGCCAAAUCAUCUAGUGGUGGCUAUAUAGUUUACUCCACCUGCUCGGUUCUGCCCGAAGAAAAUGAAUGGGUCAUCGAUUAUGCGUUGAAGAAGAGGAAUGUCAAAUUGGUUCCUACUGGACUGGACUUUGGUGUGGAGGGAUUUGUCAACUUCCGGCAACAUCGAUUCCAUCCAAGCUUAAAUCUUACCAGACGUUAUUAUCCUCAUACACAUAAUAUGGAUGGUUUCUAUGUGGCCAAAUUGAAGAAGUUCUCCAAUACCAUACCCAUAACCAAGGAGCAGCAGGAGGAAGAUGAAAAGCAAUUAGAUCAGGCCAUCGAAAAUGAGACAGAAGAAAACAAAUCAGAGGAGAAGGAGGUCAAAGAAAAGGCGGAGCUUCCAGAGGGAGAAGUUUCCCAGAAGGGAGGCAAACGAGCCGGCAAACCUCUCCUUACCGAAGUGGAAUUGGACUUGAAGAAGAAGAAGUUGGAACAGAGUAAAUCGAAAUAUGUGGCCAAGGUGUUUGAGAAACCCGUCAAGGUAAAUAAGAAACCGAAACCGGAUGCAGAACAAAAGGAUGAAAAUGAACCACAAACGAAGAAGGCCAAGAAGCAACAACAAGCUGAGAAAAACGAUAAAAAGCCCCAACAAGCAGAGAAGAAUGAUAAAAAACCACAACAAGCUGAGAAGAACAACAAGAAGCCACCUCAAGCAGACAAAAAGGCAAAAAAACAAUUAACGGAACAGGAAAAGAAGCCAAUAAACGGUGAAACAACGUCACAGAAAACUCAAUUAAAUGGCCAAAAGAAAGUACAGAAAAAGGCUCAAGAAACAACACAAACAAAUGGCAUAGAAAAACUUCAAAAACAGCAGCAAAAACCACCGGCAAAAGUCAACAAAAAUGAGGGGAAACAAUCGCAAAAGUUAGCAAAGGCUCCACGUGUGCCCAUUGAUGAAGUGCCUCUGCUGGAGGGCAAACCCAUCAAGAAGGAAAAUAAACUUAAGCAAAAAUCCAAACAAUUGGGACAAUUGAAAAAAUCAAAAACCGGCGCCAAUGCCAGUAAAAAGUAAAAAUUUAAAAAGUAAAAAAGAAAAUGUUAAAAACCAACAAUUUUGUUUAAGUAGAUUUUAAGAUCACAGUGUGAAGAACGAAACGAUCAUCAUAUUAAAUGAUUUUUACUGUAUUUUAUGCAAAACAAAACAAAAAAAAA